AUGGCUUCUAUGAAGAAACAUGGGCUAAAGAGUAGAGUAGGCACCUGGUGGAAGCACGGGGAGCCGGAGAGCGCAGGCCCGUCGAAGAGCCCCGCGUCGGCGACGGCGGCGAGGUCGAGCGCAAAGUCCCUCGUGGUCACCGCGGGGCGCGGCGCCUGCAUCCCCCGCCGGCGGAAGACCCCGAAGGGCAGGUUCUGGAUGGGGAAGUGCGAGCCCGCCGGCACCUCCAUGAACGACCGCAUGCUGUCGAUUCGGCUCCGCCAUUGA